AUGGCAGACCCUCUCAGCAUAUCAUCUGGUAUCGUUGCGUUAGUGACGUUUGCCCUUUCGGCCAGUGUCAACCUCUACACCACAGUCCGCGACUUCAAAAGUAGAGAGAAAAAGGCACGUGCGCUAAAAGAAGAAGUUGGUGAUUUAUCGAGCGUAUUACAGACGCUGCUCGAGACCAUCACGAACCAUGCAGAGAUAGGCUUCGAUGCUCUAAAAGGUCCGCUACUCCGUUGCGGGAAGGCCUGCCAUGAGUACGAGCAGCUUAUUGCUCGGUGCACAAAACACUCCACAGACUCACACGCGAGCAGCCGAGACUGGAUCCACCAGAAGUAUCUGCAAGGAGACAUCGCCGACUUCAGGGACAUGCUAGCUGGCUAUAAGUCCACGAUAAACAUAGCCCUUGCUAGUGUAGCCGCCAUAACUCCUCAAGUACUCGAGGAUUAUAAAGACCUGAUUUCAGACGCGAACGAAGACCUGGGAGAGCGCCUGCAAAAGCUGGAAAAAGCAAUCCAAGAUCUGUCUCGUCAGGGUGUCCAGGGCUCCAGCCAGACUAGCCACGAAUGGCAGGCGAUGUUAGAUGAGAAGAAAUACACACAGCAGGGACUCAGGAUGGCUGCCCAGCUCUCCGCGCAGAUCCAGACCCUGGAAGCAGUGCCCGACGAGCCGCCCCAUCUUUCUGACAAGCCUUCCGCACACAAAUUUAUCAAGUCUGGAUUGGACGCUACGAAAGGCUCCAUAUCUACCCUCGUGUCCCAGCUACGCAGUCAUGAGAGCAAGAUCGAGGAGCAGAUGGCGGCUAUGAUGUCUGAGGCGUCUGCGGCUCCUCUGCCCAGUGACACGCUGACAGAGCUCAGCCGACUACGAGAAACGAAGGACAGCAUCCACCAGUGCAUAAACAUCGUCUCGAGUGCCGGUAAUGCCUCAGUCACCGAGCGACGAAAUAUCUUCGAGGAUAUCACACUGGCGGAUAAUGCCUACAACUACGCAGUCUCGACCGUCGGAGACCUCGUGACAGCCAGGCGAAUCAAUCUCAGCGGCCGGUCUCGCAACAUCGGUGGGCAGAUAAGCGACGAGAGCUUCCAAAUGUCGAUCCAGAAACUUACCACUUUGGACAUGAAACACACUCAGCUACAAGACUCCGAGCAAGAAGUGCCCGCUCCUCAGCCGAACAAACGAGACGACAAAGGGAGUGUGUUCGACUAUCGCUUCGGUCGGGGCGUUACACUCGCCGGUUCUCCAAGCAAGCAAGCCGAGUGA